AAUCCCAAUCAACAGUACGAUACAAUCUUCCGAACAAGAGUUUAGGUUAGAACUGAUCAAAUCGUUAUUACAUUUUAGAAUUUAUUCGUAGUUGCUACAGAUCUGCUACACGUCGUAGGUUAUUCUAUAUCAACGAAACAUUAAAAUGUUCCGAACUGGAUUGAGAACUGUACGUAUUGCUCUAGGAACAAGAGCCUUUGCAAAUGCACCGGCUCAAGAACAAGCGAUCUCGACUGCUUUCAAAGUUCAAGAUCCAAAAGAUUUCAACGAUCGCGUUAAAAACUCCAAAGUGCCUGUGAUCGUUGAUUUUUUCGCAACAUGGUGCAAUCCAUGUCGUAUGCUCACUCCUCGUAUAGAAUCGGUAAUCGCAGAGAAACAAGGAAAAGUUUUAUUGGCAAAGGUUGAUAUCGACGAGAAUAGCGAUCUUGCCUUAGAUUACGAGGUUGGCUCUGUUCCAGUCCUGAUUGCAAUGAAGGAUGGAAAAGUUUUAGACAGAAUUGUUGGUCUCCAGGAUGUAGAUAAACUUAAACAAUUUGUAGAUAAGUAUUCAGAAUAAUGUAAUCUAGUUUAACUGUAAUUUUGUUGGAGUAACCUUAUGGUUACUAAAGUAUUUGUAUAAUAUUGUAUGGUAAUAAGUGUAUAAUACAGUAUAACUUUUUAUUUAUA